CUAUGUUCGCAGCAUCGCCUCUUCUCGCGGUAACGUUAGUAUCGGUUAGUAUGCAGCUAGGUUGCUAGCUAACUCUAUCGUUUCCAGGUUUUGUGUCUGCCUGAAAACAUCAAACCAAGAGAGACACGGGAAGGCUAGGUAUCAAAAUUCUUUUUAAAAUCAGGCUGCACAGAGAAGCGGGAAAAUGCCUCACAACUUUCAGCCAGGAGACUUGGUCUUCGCUAAAAUGAAGGGAUACCCCCACUGGCCAGCUAGGAUUGAAGAUGUGGCUGAUGGAGCAGUGAAGCCCCCACCAAACAAAAUCCCAAUUUUCUUCUUUGGGACACAUGAAACAGCAUUCCUAGCACCAAAGGACCUUUUCCCUUACGAAAAAUACAGAGAACGCUAUGGAAAGCCCAACAAAAGGAAGGGAUUCAAUGAAGGUUUAUGGGAAAUCCAGAAUAAUCCACAUGCCUCCUACAGUGCCCCACCUGUACCACCUAGUUCAUCUGACAGCGACGGCAACGAUGCAGGAGGUGGAAGUGAUGAGGAUGAUGAGGAUGAGGAGAAUGCUACAGUUCCUCCAAAAGCUGAUUCAGGUAGCGAGGAUGACUCUGAUUCUGGGAGCGAAGACAGAGGAAGAGGAGGAGGAAUAAAGCGAAAGCCGCAGGCUCCCAAGCGUCCUCCUCCUCCAAAAAAGGCCCGAGGGUCCUCCAGCGAUCGAGAUGAGGAGAGUGGAUCCCCUUCUGAAUCAGAGCCUACGCCCUCAGAGUCCGACUCCGGCAAAAACAGUGACCAGGAUUUUACUCCAGAGAAGAAAUCUGGUGGACGAGGUGGAAAGAAAGCAGGAGGCAGAGGAAAGAAGAAGAAGGCUUCGUCUGACUCGGAGUCAGAUUCAGGAUCAGAGCCAGAGAAGAAAGUAGUUGACAGCGACUCUGAGGAUGAGAAGCCUCGACCAGCUUUGUCUGGCUCAGAAUCUCAGUCUGGCUCCAAAUCUGAGUCAGAUUCUGAUCCACCUGCUCGGAAAGGUCCACAGCCCCGCAAGAAAGAGAAACCUGCACCAAAGCCUCGUGCACGUAAAGCCAAACCUGCCCCGGUAAGACGAGCAGCUUCAUCAUCCUCCGACAGCGACAGUGACAGUGAACCUGAUCGCAUCAGUGAAUGGAAAAAACGGGACGAGGAGCGUCGACGAGAGCUGGAAGAGCGCCGGAAAAAAGAGGAGGCCGAAGAGCUCCGCCGGCUACGUGAGAGAGAGAAAGAGGAAGAGGAGAAAAAGAAAAAGGACAAAGAUAGGGGUAAAAAAAAAAGUGACAGUGACAGCAGCAGUAGCUCUGAUGAAGGUAUAGACGAUCACCCACUGAAGAAGUCAAAGAAACCUCCUCCUCCUCCUAUCCCUGCGCCAUCUGACUCCGAUUCUCAACCACCAGCUGAGGUGAAGAAAUCUUCCAAGAAGCUCGACAACCAGAAGAAGGCAAGAGUAAAGAAGGAGAAGGAGAGAAAAGAAAGGAAGGAGAAAGAGCUAAAGGAGAAGAAAGCCAGACGGUCAGAGGAGAAGUCAAGAGCAAGGUCUAAGCCUGAAAAACCCAAACGCAGACCAGAGAGACUGCCAGAGAAGAAAGUGGAAAAGAAAAAGGAGCCAUCACCAGAGGAAAGGUUACAGAAACUCCAUACAGAUAUUAAGUUUGCACUUAAAGUGGACAACCCAGACAUUGACCGAUGUCUAAAAGCACUGGAAGAGCUUGAGACGGUACCAGUCACCAGCCAGAUCCUACAUAAGAACGCUGAGCUUAUUGCCACGCUAAAAAAGAUUCGGCGGUAUAAAGCCAGCUCUGCAGUCAUGGAGAAAGCUAGUGACGUCUACAACAAGUUAAAACUUCGCUUCGUGGGCAAGACAGAGGUGGCAGCUAAACCUAAAGAAGACAACAAGGACCCAGAGAAUGAUGUGAAUGAGACACAAAACACUGAAUCCACUCCAGUGAAUGGGGAAUCAGAGGAGAAGAAAAAUGAGACAGAAAUGGAGGAAAAACCAAAAUCACCUGCACAGGACGAGAACGACAACACAACUUCAAGUCCAAACAGGCACAGCCCAGACAGCCCAGCCGAGCAACAGACACACACACCUGAGGAAGCGGACAGCUCCAUCUCAGCAGAGACAGAACCACCUGCUGUAGAGAGCUGAAAGACUCUAUACAACCCCAUGCAGCGGACCAAGUGCUAAAAGAUGGUGGCCUCUCUUUGACGUCACAUAGUGCUCCCGGCCCAACAACAUUGCAACACACAUCCAGAAUUUUCUCCAGCCUCUGUUACGUCAAUGUUGAUGUUUUGGACGUUUUGUGGUACAGUGAUCUCAAACCAGAAAACCCAUCCACUGAAAUUAUUUGGUCCAUUGUUUGUCACAAAAAAGAAAAGCUUCUUAGCAUGAUAGUUUGUGGAGCUGCGCAGACCUAUUUUUUUUUGUUUCUGAAAUAUACUUCUACUUUGGAACAACACAACACCCGUCCUGGAUCCUCACCUCAAAAUCCUGUUCCUGAUUUCUUUGUUCAGUCCAGCACUUGAACUCUUUCAUACUGUACGUAUAUUAAAUGAUUAGAUUUUUUAGCCCCUCUAACCGGACUUUAGACCAAGGUAGUAUGAGACAAAACUUCACUGUUUCUUACAGGGAGGUUGUGAAGCUGUUGAUCCGUUGCUUUGUGGAUUUUGUGCAGCCCUUACAUCUGUUCGCUUCAUUUUAUAAAGCCUGCCAAACAUCACGAAGGCCUCCUGUCUGUGUGUAUGGCAUUGUGAGACUGGUAAAGUAAUAUGUGUGGGACUUUUAUGUUAAAUACUUUUUUAAUUAUCUGGUUUAGAUCCAGUUAAAUCUGAAAUGUAAAGAGUCACUUAAAACUGAUUUCCAGCUGAGGUGCACCUACUUUUUUUUUAUUGCCUUGUUUUCAUAUGAUUACAGUUUUGUCUAAAAUAAUUGCUGUGGAGUUAAACACCUUGCACUCUCUCCUUUCUAGUGUCUGCUUUCACUAACUUCCAUAAUGAAGUGAAUAACAAUACAGACUGAAAACUGCCCCUAAAAAGCUAUUGAGAUCUCAUGUAGCUGCAGCCUAUUAUGACAUUUUCUUGUCAUGUGCAUACAACACGUGUUUUUAGUGCUAUGUAAAUUGGUAAAGCGUUUCUAUUACUUAGUUGAGACUUGAAUAAAAAUCUCAGCAUGG